AUGCUCACCCUGCAACCUUGGCUGUCGGUUUCGGCGGCGUCUGUCCCACGAUCCCGUCAGUCCCCGCCACUUGGUGCAUUUGUAGUUCAAAUUCUUGGCAAUCUUUUGCUGGACAUGGUUCGCCACCUCGUAGCUCGACUUCCCGGCCACGCACGUCUCCUCCGGUGGCAGCUUCUCCAGGAACGUCACCUCAUACUUAGGCACCGGGUUCAUGAAGAAGAAGAAAGGAUCGAGCCACUUGUACCCUCGUGCCGUGGUCCCGUGGAAAAGGCUCGUCCUCACCCUUAUGGCCACGGGCACGAUCUCGUCCGUGAGCUCCGCAAAGAGCGACGAGAACCGGAGGAGAUACGGCUCGCGGCACGUGGUCCCCUCCGGGCACAUCACAAGGUCCCGCCCUUCUCGGAGGAUGGUCUCGAUGAGACGGGCGUCGAGGGCCCGGUCCCGCGUGAGACGGGCCGUCUUGAUGGGGGAGAGGAACUCGGUGAAGCCCGGAACCGAGGCGGCCGACACGUAGAUGGCGUCCAAGACCGUGCGGUGGGAGCACACGAACACUACCCCCUUUUUCCUACCGCUGGUGGGCCCGAGUUUUGGAGGAGUGCCUUUGACGGCCGUGGUGGAGCCGAGGAGAGCCGAGACGGAUUUGAACCAGGUGAGGGGGCAGAAGGAGCCGAUGAAGACGCGGGUGAUGGAAAGGAGAAGGCCGAUCGGGAACCAGAGGACGAUGAGGAGCGCGAGGAGUGGGGUCGGUUUCUGGACGAGACGGCCGUCGUGGAAGAUCACGGGCUUCGGGAGGGAUUCGGGCUGAACGGGUUGUACCCUUGGCCUUGGUGGGACUAUCUUCAUGAAAGGGAAAUCUGUUUUCCGGUCUCCGAUCCCCACGUCCGGGACAUGCUCACAGCUCCCGAACACCCUCCUCACGGCCAAAGCCUUGUUCUUCCCGACGAGCACUCCGGGCCCCGCCACAAGCCCCGUAGCAUAACCCCUCCACGUGGACACUUCCGUGCCCAGCACCACAUCAACCCCGAGAUAGUUCUUGAGGAAGGGCUCCACCAUUAUCCUUGGAUUGGCCGUGACAACACACUUCUUCCCGCACGAUGA